CGAUUUAAACCUUUUCUAAUGGCUCGUUUAAAAAUGAAAAACCUAGAAGAAUUUCUGCAAGGAUUGGAUGGUUUUAAAAAUCCAAAAGUCCUAUUAGAACAAUAUUGCACACCAGCCCACAUCGCUAGCUGCGUUUUGUACAAUAUCCAGACUCGUUAUGAUGAUUUGGACGGUAAACUUGUGGGUGAUUUGGGUUGUGGCUGCGGGAUGUUAUCUAUUGGAGCAUUUUUGUUGGGUUCUUCGCUGACUAUUGGCUUUGAGCUGGAUCCGGAAGCUCUAAAUGUUUUUCAUUCUAAUAUUACUGAAAUGGAAAUACCUACUAUUGACGGCAUACAAGAAAACGUUUUAUCCUUAGGACGAAAGUGGGAAAAUGUGUUCGACACUGUUAUCACUAAUCCGCCGUUCGGGACGAAAAAUAAUCCUGGUCUAGAUGUUCUUUUUAUUAAAGCUGGCAUUCAUUUAGCUACUAACGCCGUAUACUCUUUGCAUAAGACCUCUACUCGGGAAUAUAUUAGCAAAAAAGCUAAAGAUUGGCAUGUGAAGGGUCAAGUAGUGGCGGAGCUUAAAUAUAAUAUUGAAAGUAGCUAUAAAUUUCAUAAAUAUCAAUCUAAAGACAUACAGGUCGAUUUUUGGCGUUUUGCUGUUGGCGAAAAGGAAACGUAGUAUUGCACUUGCAUUUACAUCUAUAA